UGUGCCAUGGGAGCAGUGCUGUGACACCAGAAGAGUGCUGCUGUCACCCCACACCUUGUCCAUCUGGAACUCCAAAUGGCUGCGCAGAGGCUCUCCGUGCUCUGGGUGACGCUGCUGUGGGGCUGUGCGGUGUCCUUCUCCUCCCACAUCACAGUUGCCCCACCACGAGACCUUCAGAUCACUGACCCUGGGCUCUUAGGUUGUCUUGAUAUUGAAUGGAAGCCUCCUGCCAGCCUGCAAAGCUUCAAUGACUGCACAGUGACCUACAAGUUUGAGCACCACAACGCUGGGGACAGGGACUGGAAGGUUAUUUUCACUAGGAAGCUAAAACUCAGAGUUGGGUUUGACCUCAGCAGGACUGUUGAAGUGAAGGUGCAGACGCUGCUGAGAGGAGGCUGCACCGGUGACGUGGAGGUGCACAGUGCCUGGGUUCAUGCCACCUUCCAGCUCCCACUGCAAGGAAAGCAGGAGUCAGAGGUUCAGAAUUUCCACUGCAUCUACCAUAACUGGGAAUACCUGAAGUGCACUUGGCAACCAGGGCUCCUGGCUCCCCGAGGUGUCCAUUAUGGGCUGUACUAUUGGUACGAGGGGCUGGGCCAGGCGGCGCAGUGUGAGGACUACAUCCAGGACCACGGCAUCAACACCGGCUGCAGGCUGCAGAACCUGAGCCAGGCGGAGUACAAGGACCUCAGCAUCUGCGUCAACGGCUCGGGGGCGGCCGCCCUGCUGCGCCCUCUCUAUGUCACCCUCCGGCUGCAGGACCUGGCCAAGCCCUCGCCCCCCACGCAGCUGGUGGUUUCCAUGUCUGCAGCUGAGGAGCUGCAGGUGGCCUGGAGCCCCCCUGGAGGUGAGACACCUCCCCAGUGCCUGGAGUACGAAGUGCAGCUGGCAAGAGACCACAGGGAGGCCAAGGCUGCCUGGAUGUCUGUGUCAACCCAGAUGGAGACAGCUCUCUCAAUUCCCAGAGCAAACCAGAGCCUCACUUCAUGUGUUCGUGUCAGGGGGAGGACAAACAUCUUGUGUGCUGACCAGGGCUUCUGGAGUGACUGGACACAGGAGUGCUUCUCUGAGUCCAGGAAAGGGGACAAGCAGCUGCUUAUCCUCAUCCCAGUUAUCCUGAGUCUGUCCAGCAGCCUCAUCCUAUUUAUGUUGCUUGGCCAGUGCAGGAAAAGGUCCCCUGCAGGGAAGCUACCCUUUGAUGCCUCGCUCAGCCUCUCGGAGCCGGGCUCACACCGGCUGAGCCGGGCUCACAGGCGGUCAGCCACUCGGAGCCGGGCUCACAACCGGCUGAGCCGGCUCACACGCAGCUCAGCCACACGGGAGCCGGGCUCACACCGGCUGAGCCGGGCUCACCGCAGCUCAGCCUCUCGGGAGCCGGGCUCACACCGGCUGAGCCGGCUCACACGCAGCUCAGCCUCUCGGGAGCCGGGCUCACACCGGCUGAGCCGGGCUCACACACGCAGCUCAGCCACACGGGAGCCGGGCUCACACCGGCUGAGCCGGGCUCACACGCAGCUCAGCCUCUCGGAGCCGGCUCACACCGGCUGA